AUGGCAUUUGACUACCAGUCGGGCAAGGUCUUCGGACUCAAUUUCAAGGAACAUGAUGCAAGAAAGAUGCGCUAUGUCUUAAAAAAUUACCAAAAACUCCCAGAAAAUCAGGGUGAUAGACUUGCCCUUUUUCUUCGUCUCCAGACUUUUGAAACAAGUCUUGACGAAGAAGUUUCCGUAAAAGUCAAGGAAUGGUUCGAAAAUGGUGGUGAUCUUCCAUCAACUCAUCCCGUGACUGCACCUGCGGAAGAUUCCAGCGGAGAAGAUGGAGAAGACGAAGACGACGAAGAGGAAGAAGAGGAAGAAGAGGGCUCUGAUGAUGAGUCAAGUUCCGAUUCUGGUGUUUCCGCCAACUCCGGUGACGAGUUGCUGUGGGAGGAUAGAGAAGAAGCCUUGAGACGCAACCCCGGAAUGGACCUUUUUGAUCUUUUCCCUCAGCAUCCUGACAAUCCCGAACGCGACAACUAUAUCUUCGGCGCCGAACCUGAUAAUGGUGAAUUCGGAAUGGAGCCCAACAGCACGGAUGACGAAGAAAACUCGGAAAGUGAGGAGGAGAGCGAAGAUAAGACAGAGAGUGAAGACGAAGAUGAUGAGGAAGACGAUGAAGACGAUGAUGACGAUGAAGAAAACGGAGAAGACGAAGAAGAAGAGACCAAAGAGGAACCAGAAAGUGGCAAAGCACAUGAUCAUUCCCAAAAGCAAUCUGAUAAAGUGGAAUGUGUUAUUUGUGCUGAGGAUGUCCUGAUAGUAAACACCUGGUCUGAUGUCACAGGUGACUGUCAUCACCGAGAUACUUUCAUUUGCAAGGAAUGUCUCGAUCUAUCGAUCACCACAGAUAUAGAGUAUGGACUCUUGAAUGGUAUCAAGUGCCCUCUUUGUACAGCUGUCCUCACUGAUCACGAUGUUCGUCGCAAAGCAUCUCCGGGCGUACUUGAACGUUACUUCUACUUGAGAGAAAAAGCUUCCAGACCCGAUACCUUUGUAAUGUGCUUAGGCCCCAAGUGCGGUGGAGGUCAAAUACAUGAAGGCCCGGAGCCAUUGAUGAUUUGCGACCAUUGUAAAUUCAAGACUUGUGUCAAACACCAGUUACCAUGGCACGAAGGACAGUCAUGCGACGAGUUUGAUGUCGACGACUCACAAAUUGAACGUUUGGAGCAAGAAGAGGCUACAGCUAAGCUGCUGGCAAAGGAUUCUAGGAUUUGCCCAAAAUGCAAAGAGUGUGUUGUGAGAAGCGAUGGCUGUGACCAUAUGCAAUGUCGCUGUGGGAACUCCUGGUGCUACCUUUGCGGUGUCGACUGGGAAAAUAUCCUCAGACUCGGCGACGCAGCACAUGGCAGAAACUGUCCCAACCACCCCGAUUCGUACAAGCGCACUCGAGGCCAGAACUUAGCCAAUGAGACAGCCCUCACCAACCUGGUACAUGGCAGACCUGUCAACGAGGCUCAAACUCGAGCCAAGUACGCCAAACAAGCUGCGAGAAGAGAGACAAUGAGACCAUUGGCAUUGGCUGCUGCUGAGCAGAGGAUGAAAGAACAGGCUUUGGCAAAGUCAGACUCCGACUCCAGUAAGUCCGGACCACCCAAGAAGAAGACCAAGUUGGUCAGCGCUUGGGAGGAAAAAUGA